AUGCUCGCGCAACGACUCUCACUGCGUUUCCUCGCUCUCGGUUUAGUGUUGAGCCUGUCAGCUUUAACUGUCCUUCUCGUACACAUUCGAUCUGCGCGCGAGGCGAAAUCUAAAUACAUCCUGAAGACUUCGUCAUCGAGAUUCACGACUCCAUCACAAUGUGGCCAGGCCUCACACACAUCCACAUCCACAUCUUUGGGCAACGGCACAUGGCAGUUUGUCACGCGACGCGACGCUCUCAACCACGGCCUGUCCGACGCGCAAUGUCAAAGCGCGUUUCCAAAACUUUUUACCGAAAUUGACAAGUCAGCUUCUCUCAGGUCACAAACCCCGAUCACUUUCAAUGAUCUGGAUUCGAGAGAGGUGGAAGAUGGUAUGGUUCGUGCGAUGAUUAACAACGGGCAGUUGUACAUCAUCGAGUACGCCUCUAUGCCGGUGACCGCAUCGCGCGCCCGCGCCACACUCAACUCUCUCCACCGUGCCUUGAUAGCAGACCCGGACCGGCAUCUGCUCCCCGACAUCGAAUUUAUCCUAACAUCCGAAGAUUUCGCAACCGAACCAACCGGCCCAGGGCCAAUUUGGGCCUAUUCCAAGCGCGAUGCUGACGACUCGGUCUGGCUGAUGCCCGACUUUGGGUACUGGGCUUGGCCGGAAGUUCGAAUCGGGCCUUAUGAAGAGGUCCGGCGGCGUAUCUCCGUCAUCGACGAGGGAGAGACUCAUUCUGAUGGCACGGUCACAGCAGGUCUAAAGUUUCACGAGAAGAGGAAACAGCUCGUCUGGCGCGGCAGUCUUGCGACAAACCCGCCCGUGAGAGGCAAAUUGCUCAAAUCCGCGCAAGGCAAAAGUUGGGCCAGCGUACGCGUGAUCGAUUGGGAUGACGAGAAUGACAUCCGUUUCAAUCUGCUCCCGAUCGAGGACCACUGCCGCUACAUGUUUCUUGCCCAUACAGAGGGUCGCAGUUUCUCCGGUCGUGGCAAGUACUUGUUCAAUUGCCGUUCAGUGGUGAUCUCCCACCCACUCACCUGGCGCGAGGCCCAUCAUGCCGCUUUGGUUGCGACCGGAUCAGAUGCCAACUAUGUGGAAGUCAACCAUGACUUCUCAGACCUGUCGCGUAAAGUGGACUAUUUGAUUGAUAAUCCAGGGGUCGCAGAGCGUAUCGCCGAAAACGCAGUCCGCACGUUCCGCGACAGAUAUUUGACACCAGCCGCAGAGUCCUGUUACUGGAGGCACCUGAUCCGACGGUAUGGCUCUGUUCUUGACUUUGAGCCAUCUUUGUUUGCCACGGGUCGAGAUGGCAAGCAAAUAUCUCGAGGUCUUCCCUUCGAGAUAUGGUCAUUGAUGUAUUGA